UCGUGAAUGUGGCGUGUGUUGUUUGGAAUAUUGUGAGUCGUAAAUAAAAAUGCAUUGGAUGCGUUAUUAUUAUUUGUUUUAAGUGUCUUUGAUCAGUGUACAAACAAUAAUCUAUCAAGUAACUUUAUGUGAAAAUCGUGAAACUUACGAAAAAUCCUAUUUUCUGCUGGUAUUUUGUCAUAUGUUGCACGCCUGCUGUGGGGUUUGGAAGUGGACAAAAAAUUUAUACUAUUUCCGAUGAUAAAUUGAUAAUGCAAAAUAGACAUGAACUGUCUUCCGGCACGUUAUUGCGCUUUCUCGUGACAAUGCGGUGCCUUACGAUUAAAUCUAUUUACUAAAAUAAUACUCGCACUUCCUUCAUAAUGGUUGUUAGAGCUGGUACUCAAUAUUAGCAGAAUGAGUCACAACUUAGCAGGGAUGCCUUCCUACAGGCUGCCAGGUCCUGGAUUAGGGCCUCCAGACUUUAAACCACCCAUGGAUACGCCGACACCGCCUACGCCAGCGCCUAGUAAUCCUAAGAAGCGAAGAAAAACUUCAAAUGCUAAUAAUGCUUUAACACCACAGCCACCUCCAACAGCCCAAGACCUUUUGCCACCUCCGCUUACUGGCUAUGGGGAUACAAUAGUGGCUUCAAAUCCUUUUGAUGACUCUCCAUCAACAGUCUCCCACAAUGGUCCUAUGAUGAGCCACAAUAUGAGUCAAAAUGGUCCAAUGGGAAUGGUGGGUCCAAUGCAUGGCAUGGGAGGUCCCCCAAUGCGGCACAUGAGCCCAUUGCCACAUUCUAUGAGUCCCAUGAGCCAGCAGAUGCCACCAAGAGGAGGAAUCAGUCCCAUGGGCAAUAUGAGCCCAAUGGGGCAUAUGGGUGGAAUGUCACCAAUGGGGGGCCCUAACAUGGGCAUGAGUAAUCACAACAUGGGGCCUGGAAUGGGGCCAGCAUCUAGAUCAAUGGGUAGUCCAAUGAGUCCCAUGAAUUCAAUGCCGAUGGGAUCACCAAUGUCUUCGGGACCCAUGGGAAGUCCCAUGAAUAUGGGUUCAAUGGCUGGCAGUCACAUGAGCAACAGUCCGAUGGGGCCACCUAUGCACAGUCCUCUUGGUGGGGGAUCAAUGAACGGACCUAUUAAUGGACCAAUGGGAGGUGGUGGCCCAGGUAUGAAUGUUCCUCGAAUGAAUGGACCAAUGGGGCCGAGUUGUUCAAAUGGAUCUAUGGGUCCUACAAGUUCUAUCAUGGCAUCAAAUCCUAUGCAGAGUGGAGGAAUGGGGCCUGGUCAUUGUGGCCCUAUGAGACAUGGAAGUCCCAUGGGGUCGGCUAUGGGGAGUGGUCCAAUGGGCGGCAACGGUCCUAUGAAUUCCAUGGGACCUGGCCCGCCAUACACUGGAGGCCAUAUGGGUCAUGGAGGACCUAUGGGAAUGGGUGGAAGUGGGUCAAUGGGUAUGGGUCCAGGCCCAGGUAAUAUGGGUAACUGUGGGCCCUUGGCAGGAAUGAGUGGGAUGGCUAUGGGAGGGCCAGGUGGUCAAGGUGUGGGUCCUAUGGGACAGGGGAUGGGAAUGUUUGGCCCUAAACCGAUGCCAGUAAGUGCGGGGAAAGUGUACCCGCCGGACCAGCCUAUGGUGUUCAACCCCCAAAACCCGAAUGCGCCGCCGAUAUACCCCUGUGGAGUCUGUCACAAAGAAGUACAUGAUAAUGACCAAGCUAUAUUAUGUGAGUCAGGAUGCAACUUUUGGUUUCACAGAGGAUGUACCGGCUUAACAGAGCCAGCUUUCCAGUUGCUGACGGCGGAAGUGUACGCAGAGUGGGUGUGUGACAAGUGCCUGCAAUCUAAAACUAUUCCCCUUGUGAAGUUUAAACCAUAGCGCUGCGCCGCAACUCUUUCCCCCUCCUGCCACCUCGCUGAGUCUACCCUACAAACACAUCACAAGUAUUUAGAAAAAUUCGUACUGUUAUAGACACUAAAAUCGCAAUUCGAACUUGGGAAAAAGUUUUUUGGUCAGUAGUGUAAGAAAGAUCUCAUGUUGCAUAGUUAAAAAUUAGGAAAAUUGUCUUUGAAAGUGAAACAGACUCAAGUUUCCAAAAAUAUUGAUUGCUUUUUGAAUAUGGCAACGGCAUCAAUAAAUUUACAAACAUAAAAUGGCAGACGGCCCUGUUAUGUCUAGUCUGUUUAAACUGUCAUUUUAUUUAUUUAUGGGUAAAAUAAUAUUCUGAUGGAAAUAAGUAGAAGUUCGUCACAUUGCUUCUGCAUUAGGCAUAUCUGUUGAAGCAAUUGUAUGUGAUCCUCUAGUAGUGAUAUUUUGCGAGAACGAGUCCCAAACUCAAGGUAUAAGCAAUACUAGGGCUGCCCAAGGAGUUUUCGAUGCCUGAUGUGUGUCGCUUUAGUCUAUGUGCAUAUUGUAAAUAAUUUGUAGUUGGUAAGUUUAAAUCACUUUCCGCCUUAUAUAUGGUGAACUAUAUUUGUACAGUCAAGCUUAGUUUAAAUUUACCACGCUCAAGUUAAAUACACACAUUGACUUAAAUUAAAAGUUGUAUUCUGACAGGAUUCUACAGUUAAGUCAUUCGCAACUGUGGGAUCAGGGAUAUACGGAACUUGCACAAAUACAGGCAAUUUUGAAGCGUCAGAUGAAAAUUGCUAUGAGUUUGAUAUGAAAAUUUGGCUAUGGUAUGUUUUGAUUUAACAUUCUGCUAAAUUGAGUAUAAAAUAAAAAUAAUCACUUGAGUUACCGCAUCGCUAUAUCUUUUACACAAAAACAAGCGGCCACUAUUUCUGUAGUAUCAAUAAUAAGCACUUAUUAUUUAGAUGCCCUAAUUUGCAUGUAAUUAAUACGCGCGUUAUUUUACGUACUUGUAAAUACGAUGAAUCCAUACGCUUUGUUAAGUAUAAGAGUGUUAAUGUGUUUGUCAAUUUUUUAACUUUUGGAGAUUUUUUCAUAUUAGAUAUGUAUUAUGUAUUAUAUAAGGUAUGUAAAUAAAUGCCGUAGAUUUAAGUUAAAUGAGAUUAUAUGUAGUCGACAUUUUGGCUCCAGUUUUGCGCGGUUGUGACUUAAUUUGUGUGUAGCGUUCAACUAGCUUUUUAUUUAUACUUUGUGUCAAUACUUUGGCAUUUUCAACGACAUAUAACAUUGAGUAAUAGUGUUUUUAAAUAAAAUAAAAAUUAUUAUUGCCAAAGUAUAACAAUCAUAACUUCAUAAUUUUAAACAUAUGACAAGUCUACCAAGGUUUAUAAUAUUGUUGUGUAUAAUUUUUAAUAUCUUUAAGUUAUAUUGUGAUAUGCACAAUAUAGUAUUUUGUAAGGGCAUACUUUGUUAUAAUUUUGGGACUCAGUGGUUUCCACGAGUCAGUAUCAAAUACAUAACAUAUGUAUGCCAAAUUUGUACACCUCAAACCAUUCAUUACUAUUAAAUAUGAUAAAACCGUAUCCAACAUUGAAAAUCAUGAAGUACUAGUACCAACUUUUAUUUCUCUUCUGUGGAAUUGGCAUAUUUGGUAACUGUCAGUUCAGUCUUUGAUAGUAAAAUGAAUGGCUUCUUUUACAGUCAACAGCAUAGCCAUCUACGCAAUUAUUUUUUACUUACAUUCAAUUUUAUUCCUUUCUUAUUUCAAACUGCGCACAUACAGAUUACCAACACUUGUAACUUCUCGGCUGAUGAUAUACUGACGUCAGCAUUAAGAAGACAUUUUACUAGAAAUUCAUUCAUCCUUGUCCAUAAAAAAAAGUUGAACAGCCACAGUGGCUCCACAUAUCCUUCAAACUCUAAGUUCGUACUACUCUAUUCGUAGCAAUAAGCUAUAAUGGAUUCAUAAGAUUUAUUAUCCCUUACAAAACUUACAUGUGUGCUUUCUUUAUAAUUUAUGUAUUAACAUAAUAUUUAUCUGUAUUGUUAUAUAGGGGGAAGUCCCCCAGUAGCGGACACCUAAGGUUAUUUCAAAAUAAAACAUAAAAUAUUUAAGGAAUGUUUAUAAAAUUAUGACUUAUAUUAGAUAACAAAGUUAGAAAUCAAAUUAAUUUAACAAAAAUGCAACCUCUGCUAAAAAUAAUUAAUACUAUCAAACAAACUUUGGUAACAAAAAACAUAAUUUUAAAAAGUGGCACCUAGUACCGGACGAAUAUUUGUGCACGCAACUGACACCAGUUUCAUCACAGUUAUAAAUUCUUGAGGGUGUGAAUGUUGUACUGUUUCAUCAGCUUUUCAAGGUUGUCGUAGAAGGGAUCCACUCGUGGUUUGUUAAAUCCUACGGGGCGCAUCAUGCUUGUCGAUUCCGGUGUUCUCAACGAAAUGUCAGAAUGCCUUUUCAUGAAGUCGUAAUUUUUUAUUGCGACUUUUAUUUUUUAUUUAUCAGCACUGCCUUUUUCUUUAUUAAAUCGAUGAGGAAUCUUCAUGACUUCAGCUAAGUCGUAUGCUAAUUUAAGAAACUUCUUUUCUGGCAUGCAUCUAUUCGAUAAAUCUUUAAUGUGGUCCACCAAGACUUCUUCAUACUCUGCUGAGAAGGUGUUAGUGAAUCUACCUAACUUUGGUUUCAUUGUUACUUCUUCUCGAUUUAGGGCCUUUAUUUAAUGUAUAGUGCUUUUAGGAAUAUUGUAUCGCAUUGCAGCUUGUCUUACACUCAGUUCUUUUGACAUAACCUUAUCAAUAGCAGUUUGUAAGCUCUGUGGAUCCCAGGAUCCUUUCUUUUUCUUCUCUUCCAUUUUAACUAUCUUCUUUCUUCUAUAAUCUAAAACAAAAUUAAACAAUUAGAAUAAAAUACGUAAUUUCUUACAAGAAAUAUCAAUAUGUUUACUGUCCGGCACUAAGGGACGACUUAGUGUCCGGUGCUAAGGGACACACAUUUUCGUUCAUUAGAUGGUAACUAAAAUUGUUUAAAACAUGUAAUAAUUUUCUACCAUUUUACGGAUAACAAUCGAGUACUGAUUUUAUCUUUGAAUACCACUCAAAUGUAAAUGCAUAAAUAUACUAGAAUUACUUACGUUGAUAUUUAGGUGACGCCGUGAUUUCGAGCCUAAAACAGCAAAUGGUUACUCCUGCCGCGGCCGUGUGCGUCACUGGCGAGGCGCGGCGCGUGAUCUUGUACCUGUAUGCCCCAGCACCCCUUUCACAUGUAUUUUGAAACUAACUGAUUUGUACUCGCUUGAUAGUACGAGUGUCCGGCGCUAGGUGCCGUCCGGCGUUACGGGACUUCCCCCUAUAACGUUUGAUUAUUGCGUCGCAUUAAAAUGUAAUAACAGUUUGAAUACCUACCAUGACAUUGAUUGUAGAAAUAUAUUAUAAUACUUGGAAUGCAAUUAAUUAUUAUGGAAUUACAAUAUUUAUUUUUGCACUCACACAACAAAUAAAUGCAAAUAAGCAGCAAUAUUCUUAUGACUAAAUAAUAAAAUAAUGAAUCCAGAUUUAAGGAAUGCAAAUAUUGUAGUUUAUUACUAUAUUGAAAAUAAUUAAAUAAAAUGCAACUGUAAGUACACAGCGCUAACUAGGAGGUUUAUAAUAUCUAUUGGCAUACACUAUCUUUAAUGCUAUUCUGUUCAUUCAUUCAGUUUUGAGCAAAUGUAUUUUUUUUAAAUAUAAGCGUGAGUCUUGAACGAUUAUAGAUGGCACCAUGUCCCAGGGGUUAAUACACCACUCUUGGGGUCCUGGGUAUAAAGCCCAGCAUGAACAGAUAUUUUCACAGCUUGUGCCAGAUGGUUUGAACCAAGGUUGAUUUGAACCGUUGAGUAUUAUUUAAAUUUAUUAUUGAAGUAUUUCCACUUGAGAUUACGUUUAUAUUGCAAAAAAGUGUCUACAUUUUAGAAAGUAUAGAUAUGCCAACUAAUACUUAAGCCCCAGUUAGUGCUUAUAGAAAAGGCGCAGAUAGUCAUUGAUCUGUAAAUAAUAUGAAAUGUCAAUCCGCGAUUACGUGCGACCUGUACAGCUACUUAUAAAUUAGAUUUUAUCAUUAGGAUACUCGGCCAUGAUUGAAAUAAGCCGUAGAACAUCACAGUUCUCGGGAGACUGCUAUUGUAUAUUAUUUUCAUCUGUAAAUGUUACUUAUGUGUUACAUGGUAUCUACAACAAAACUGUUGUGAAUGAUGCAAGUUGUAUUUAAGAAUAUUUUAUGAAGUCUAAUAGAACGACAUCAGUGGUCUUAUACUUGUGCAUAGUUUAUUUUGUAUUAUGUGAAUAAAUAACAAGCAAUAAUAAAA